AUGGAGGACAGGAAAAGCAGCACCCGAGGAACUGCCCUAGGCAAAAGCGUAAACGGAGCCAUAAAGUUCGUGUCAAAGGGUAAGAAGCGUAAUCAGUAUGGGGGCGGCAAUGGGGAGUUCGCGUCGAAUGGGUUGAAUGUCAGCACGAGGAAGAAGGGCAGCAACAGGGGGGUCACCAACAGGGGGAGUGCCACCGUUAGCGCGGCAGUUAGCGGUGGCAGCCGGAGGAGAGACCACUCCGUAAACAAUGUUGACCAGUUCGAACUAAAGUGCCGAGACUACCUAGACAGUGUCCUAAAGAUAAGCGAAUAUGUGAAGCUGCCCAAGAGCAUCAACAAUGAGGAGGAGAAAAAGAGGUGGAAAAAGGCCCACUGUUUACGUAACAAAAUGAAGCAAUACGAUCAGCUCACGAGAAGAAAAUUGUACCAAAGAAAAAGUGUUAGUAAUAAAGCAAAAUUCAACAGGGAGAGGUACAUUAUAUUAAAUAAAAUCCCCAGGUAUAGGGAAGCCUUUCCUUCCGUCAUGGAUGACCCGUCAAACAAAAUAAAGGAGGACAUAAUUCGUACGUACCUGAAGACACACGCUGCUUACUUCCUAUCGGAGAGUCGAAACGGAAACAGCCGCAAGUGUGGAAAUGGUUACAACGUGAGUUUUGUGAAGAAGGGGCCCAACAGCUACCUGUGCAGACAAGUGAACAAGGACGGGGAGGUGGAUGCUUGUUUGCGUUACUACUGCGGCUCCCCCCCAGGGGGCAGGCACAGGACAGGCAGCACAAGAAACCGACCGAAGGGUAAGAAGAAGGAUUUGUCUUACAAUUUGUGGAAAAGGAUCAUCAUCGAGGGGAUAAAAAAUGGCACCAUUGGCGUUGGAGGUAUGGGCGGUAUUGGCCGUAAUAGCGGUAUGGGCGGUAUUGGUCGUAAUAGCGGUAUGGGCGGUAUUGGUCGUAAUAGCGGUAUGGGCGGCAUUGGUCGUAAUGGCCGUAAUGGCGGUGUGGGCGGUACUGGGCGCAAUGGCGGUAUGGGCAGUGUGAGCAACGUUCACGGAGUUCGCAGCGUGAGCGGGUGCGCUCCCAGCAAGUACGAGAUUCUCGUCAACGGGUCCUACCACAACCUGCGGAGCGUGACCGGUGGGGUGAAUGACUCAGGGAAGGCGACCCAAAAAAGUGCCCUGCGUGGAAGCAACCAAGAGAAUAAAAAAUUGUCGACAAGCACAAUCAGCGCCUCCAACAGAAUAGUCCUACACAACGACAAAAGGGAAGAUGCAUACGAAUUGAAGCCGAGUAGAACGUAUGGGAAAAUGCCCCCCCCUGGUGCGAAGGUACUUAAAAGUUCCCCGAUGCACAAUUCUUCUGUGGACUCGAAAGGGGAACGCACACAAGGGGGAGGAUCCACCCAAAGCCGCACCGAACAUACGACUAUAUUAAAUACUCACAGUCAGCACUCACAUGGGAACUCCUUCUGUUCGGACGAAUCGAUGAAGAGACUUAUGUACGACAAGUGCAACGUGGAAAGUGAGAAGUUCUUUUACAAAAAGGAUCGAUUUUCUUUACUGGGUCGGAUUAAGAAAAACAAGGAGAUCGAGGUGAGGCUUGUGUUGAACAAG